CAUAUUUAUUCUUGCCAUUCUACAAGACGAAUUGAUUAUUAAAGUAGAAUUGCAUACUGAAACGUUGUCAAGUGAUUAUUCUACGGGAAAUUGUAGUAAAAUUGUUAGUUUUAUGGAAACAUCUGAAGUUCCAUACUUGGAAACGUUUAAGGAAAAAACGUGGGGUAUUUUUUAUAAAACCCGCGUUCGAUGGAAUUAUAAAAUUGAGUCUCGCAAAUCAUGGCGUAUGGAAUACGAGUGUUGCGACGGAUUUGAACGUAAACUCUUUUGGGACGCUUCGAAUAUGAAAAUAUAUGCAAAAUGUGAACCAUUUUGUCGGCCUCCUUGCGGAAAUGGUACAUGCACGAAGCCAAACUUGUGCAUCUGCAAUUAUGGAUACAUUUUUACAUACUCUGAAACUUCAAAGUCUGACGUUAGCUGUGUUCCUGUGUGUACUCCCCCUUGUGUACACGGGAAAUGUGUCUUACCCGACACUUGCAUGUGCGAUUCUGGAUACAAAUCGACAAAUGAUCAUUACAUCUGCGAACCCAUUUGCAAUGUACCUUGUCCUACAGGAUCAUAUUGCUAUAAACCCGACCAAUGUCUCUGUCUGAACGGAUAUAAAAACAUUUCUAAUGAUGUCAAAUUAACUAAUAUGUGCGAGCCUAUUUGUGAAAGAGAAUGUGUUCACGGAAAGUGCAUAGCCCCCAAUAUCUGCACUUGCGAUGAUGGUUACGAGCCUGAUACACACGACUUAUUUGCCUGCAAGCCCACGUGCGAGUAUGGUUGUCUGUAUGGUGAGUGCACCGCUCCUAAUGUAUGUACCUGUAAUGAGGGUUACUCAUUAAACACCUCGAGCGUUUGCGAACCAAUCUGCAGUGAAGCUUGCGUUAUGGGCACUUGCGUGGCUCCUGAAAGUUGUAGCUGCUUCGUGGGCUACGGACUUGAGAAUUCAAAUUAUAUCUGCGAACCAGUCUGUGAAAAGGCUUGCCUCAAUGGACGAUGCACUGCGCCUGGCACAUGCAUGUGCAACGAAGGAUUCCAAUUAAGUGGUGACGAGACAGAAGAGCACAUUUGUAAGCCUUAUUGCGAAACUUCUUGCGAACCAUUCGGCGUCUGCACUGCGCCGAAUGUUUGCUCCUGUUUUGAAGGAUAUCGCCUGGCUAAUAAGAUGCAAAUUGAGAAAAUCAAUUUGCUACAUUUUGCGAGCAGCUCGGUUUGCGAACCGAUCUGCGAGAUCGAAUGCAUAAAUGGAUUCUGUAGCGCUCCAUGGACGUGUAGUUGCAACAUCGGCUAUCAUCCAACAUCGACGAUCUCUAUGUCAAGUCCCUAUGUCUGCCAACCUAUAUGUAGUCAGAAAUGCUUCAACGGCUUCUGUACCGCACCUGAGACCUGCAUGUGCGAUUCGGGCUAUCGUCGUUCCAAUUCUUGGAAUGAAUGCGAGCCGAUCUGCGAGACUGAUUGCAUCAAUGGAUAUUGCACUGCGCCAAACGAAUGCACCUGCAAUUCCGGCUACCAACCUACCGAAGGAAAUCGUACGAGUCUUUGCGAACCUAUUUGCAAUCCAAGUUGCAAGAACGGUAUCUGCGUACAACCCGACGCAUGCAGUUGCAACCCGGGCUAUCGUCUGUCGAUGAAUUCUAAGACAGUGUGCGACCCUAUCUGUCACCCAGCUUGCGGAACAAACGGAAUUUGCGAAGCACCCGAUCUCUGCGUUUGCAAGGAUGGUUAUCGCAUGGUUUAUUAUGACAGAAAAAACGUUCCGUUCAGAUGUGAGCCGAUUUGUAGCAUUGAAUGUGGCAAUGGCACAUGCACGGCGCCGGAUCUCUGUAUGUGUUUCGAUGGCUAUCGAAACGCAGAAAUUGGCGGAUGCGAGCCCAUCUGCUCGAUUUGUAACAACGGCAGGUGCGUUGCGCCUGAGAUUUGCGAAUGCAACGACGGAUUUGUUCCUGCGGAUCCGAAUCUCGAAUUUGGAGUAAAAGACUCUCGAUCUCCGAUUGUCUCCGAGAAUAGAACGAAAAACGAAAGCAGAUGCCUGCCGUAUUGCGAGAAUUGCGAUAAUGGCGAGUGCGAGGCACCAGGAGAGUGUCGAUGUUAUGCUGGUUUCGUAAAGAUCGAAGGCACCUGCGUACACGCGUGUCAAGGUGAUUGCAGUACUCACGGCGAGUGCGUCGAGGAACGCAGAACUUGCGAAUGCGAUUACGGAUGGACUGGAUUACAUUGCGAUCGUCCAACAUUGUGUGUCUUAAUCUUGAAGAAUGAAGAUAAUCGAACUGAUCAAUUGAGAAUUAUAAAAGAAAAAAAUGCUACGAUUGAGCAUAUACUUAAAAAUAACCCAACUUGUUCCGAGUGCAUUGGUAAAGUAAACAAUGAAACUUUGUGUUUUAAAAUGUUUGGCAAUGAUACAGAGGAUGAGGCGGAAAUUGGUUGCUUAAUGAAUGAAGAAUGCCUCGCAUUGAGCAAUAUAAGUCAAUAUAAGAAUCAAGGAGAAAUGAUCAAACUAAUAAGUGGAAUUAUAGGUGGAAUAUUACUUCUAACAGCUAUAACCAUAUAUGUGAUACGAAAACGCCGAAAUAGACAGGAGCUAGGUGAUGUUCAGAAUAUUCAGAUAAUUUGUAAGCAUAGUACAUCAACACAAGGACUAAUGGAAUCAAAUACCGAUAACCUACAAGUCAUGGGGUUACUUAACGGUCUAAUCGUUAUUUUGGCCGUUAAGAUAUUUUUAGAAGUAGACGUAUGGCAUGUGAGUGCAAUCUCGUUUACUAAUAUUUCGUUGUGGAAUCAAACCAUGAAUAGUGAAUUGCAAAAAAGAAGUGUAACAACGUUUAAUAAUUCAAGAUGCAGUGACAUAAUUGUGACCAGUCAGAAAAUACCAAUUUACAUUCCCUAUAAGGAAACAUAUAGAUCGCCAGAACAAAAUAUGUCUGAAAAGAUUCGAGAUAAUUUUAGGAUAGAGUUUCGCAUCAUACGAACAUGUAGCUGUGAAGGCUACGUUGUAUCCGGUACGGACCGGUGCGUACCGCGGUGCCCGCAAUCUUGCAAGAAAGGUACCUGCAAGGAGCCAGACGUGUGCACCUGCAACAAAGGGUACCGCAUGUCAAGCAAGGACAAGCAGUGCAUGCCAGAGUGCACAAGCGGCUGCAUUAACGGUACCUGCAUUGAUCCUGAGGUUUGCAGUUGCAACGAGAACUACUGGUUGGACUCGGACGGAUUUACCUGCCGGCCCGUCUGCAAUGCAGAAUGUGAGCAAAAUUACGGAUAUUGCUCCGAGCCGAACGUGUGCAUCUGCAACAAAGGGUACCGCGUGUCAAACGACAGUAAAUGUAUGCCAGAGUGUAAAAACGGCUGCAUCAACGGCACUUGUGUCCUACCCAACAUUUGCACUUGCAAUGAGGGCUACAGGUUGGACUUGGACGGAUUCACCUGUCGACCCUUCUGUAACAUGAAAUGCGAGAACGGAUACUGCUCCGAGCCGAACGUGUGUACAUGCAAUUCCGGUUACAGAAGAGUCGGUAACGAUUCAUCUCCAUUCAUGUGCGAGCCUGCUUGCAAUUCCGAUUGCGAGCGCAAAAAAGACAGUUGCGCAACUGAUCCUGAUUUGUGUGUCAAAAUAAAUUGUAGUCCCGACUUCGAACUGGACAUGAAUCACCGCUGCAAACCGAAGUGCCAUUCUUGCAUUUUCGGGACGUGCACGGCAUCAGGGACAUGCACGUGCGAUCAUGGUUAUACAAUAGUGAACGGAAGUGUUUGCAAGCCGAUCUGCGAGCCGAGCUGCGGAACCGGCAUAUGCACUAAACCAGGAUUAUGCACAUGCGAUUUUGGAUACGUUUUUGAUGAAACAAAUAGAAUGUGCAAGCCGCACUGCUCGGUACCUUGCGGAUUAAACAAAGAAUGCGUAGCGCCAAAUGAAUGCAAAUGCUCCAAAGGAUAUCACAAAAAGGAUAUCAUAUUUAAUUUAGAUCAUCCACAUUUUUGGCAUCCUUUGUUUAGAAACGAAUUUUCUCUAAGAAGAUCGUUUUUCAAGAAGCUCGUGUUUUACUGUACACCAAUUUGCAACUUCGAAUGCAUCAAUGGUAAGUGCACCGCACCAAACGUAUGCACCUGCAACAGGAAUUUUUAUCCACGGUGGAUCGACCAUCAUCCUUCUCUACCUGACAAUUCGCAUGAACUACGCAUUUGUGAUCAUCUCCCCGGACCUCCCUGUAACGAGUCCUCGUGCGGGGUUAAAGGGACAUGCCACGAGUCCGGCAUUUGCAUUUGCAAUGACGGUUACGUGAGGGACACGAAUGGUGAUUGCGUACCUUUCUGCGCCCCAAUGUGCUCCAAUGGCACAUGUACGGCGCCAAAUCGCUGCGAGUGCCACGACGGCUUCGCGUCACGAAAUGAGAGCUUCUGCGAGCCGAUUUGCGAAAAGGGUUGCAAGAACGGCGAUUGUAUAGGUCCAAAUGAGUGCAUUUGUCACGACGAUUUCAUAUCGAACUUGAACCAUCACUUAGGACCGGAAUGCAUCCCUGAAUGUACUCGCAAUUGUAGCGAACACGGCAACUGUGUCGUCGACCGCAUUGACAAUAUCGACAUCACCUACAAAUGCACAUGUCAUCGCGGAUGGACGGGACAGGAUUGUGAUCAAUCGACCAUGUGCAUGAUGUUAAUGCUUGACAAUUACGAAGAUCUCAACAGUACCACGAUUCGUAAUGAUAGUACAAUCGAUGUACCAUUCUUCGAGGAUAUGUCAUAUUGUGAAUGCAACAAGUCUAUUGACAACGAAACAUUGUGCUUUAAGCAAUAUGAAGGCAAUACGUCAUUUAUCAGCUGCUUGUUUAAUAAAGAUUUACCUUGUUACACAACAUCUUAUUACAAUGCCUCCAUUAAUGGUGCCAAAAUAGUUUGGUCUUUCGUGAUAGUCACUAUAUUAGUAGCCACAAGUUUAACAGCAGCAGCAUAUUUUGUAUAUCGCAAACGCCAAAAAGAAAAAUUCGCAGGUCCGUCGGUACACGUCUUUAUGCGAGAAUCUUUCAGCACCGAGAUUUUGUUGCAAUAAGAUCUACCUUUGAAUGAGAUAGUUA